AAACCACCGGUCAGUGAGCUCUUGUUAUCUUCUCCUCUUCGCUCCCGCUGCUGCAGUCCUCUCUUCACUCUCACUCGUUUCCUUCUUAUUGGUCUUCCUGCAAAAUGUCUACGGCUGGUAAGGUCAUCAGAUGCAAGGCAGCAGUGGCCUGGGAGUCCAACAAGCCUUUGGUGAUGGAGGAUAUAGAGGUCGCCCCACCCCAGGCCAACGAGGUCCGCAUCAAGAUUGUGGCCACUGCAGUGUGCCAUUCGGACCUUUACCAACUUUUUGAGAAUAAGCAUGAGGUCGGCUUCCCAACAGUCCUCGGGCACGAGGCAGCUGGCAUCGUAGAGAGUGUUGGGCCUGGAGUCACUGAAUAUCGACCAGGAGACCAUGUCAUACCCCUGUUCAUCAGUCAAUGUAGAGAAUGUCGCUUCUGUAAGAGUCCAAAGACCAACCAGUGUGAUAAAGGAUGGGCCAAUGCUGGGCGUCACAACGCGAUGGCACCGCUAGAAUCCAGGUUGACCUGUAAGGGGAAGAAGGUGCUGCAGUUUUUGGGGACCGGUACUUUCUCUGAGUACACUGUGGUUAACCAGGUGGCUGUGGCCAAGAUCGAUCCUGCUGCCCCUCUGGACAAAGUCUGUCUCAUUGGCUGUGGAAUCUGCACAGGAUAUGGAGCAGCAGUUAAUACAGCUAAGGUGAAACCAGGCUCCACAUGUGCUGUGUUCGGCCUGGGAGCCGUGGGGUUGGCUGCAGUCAUGGGCUGCCAGGCUGCAGGAGCCAAGAGGAUCAUCGCUGUUGACAUCAAUCCAGAGAAGGCUGAGAAGGCCAAGGUGUUCGGGGCGACCGACUUCGUGAACCCCAAGGAUCACAGUAAACCCAUCAGCCAAGUUCUGUCUGAGAUGACUGACGGAGGAGUGGACUUCUCCCUGGAAUGUGUCGGGAAUGUGGGAGUCAUGCGCAGUGCCUUGGAGUCUUGUGUGAAAGGUUGGGGUGUCAGCGUGAUUGUUGGCGUGAAUAUCAUGGAGGAAAUUUCUGCCCGACCCCUUAUGCUCAUUGCUGGACGCACAUGGAAGGGCUCUUUAUUUGGAGGCUUUAAGGGUAAGGAUGGCGUGGCAAAGAUGGUUGAAGCCUACAUGGACAAGAAGUUGAAGGUGGAUGAGUUCAUCACCCACAACAUGACUUUGGAUCAGGUCAAUGAUGCCAUUGAACUGAUGAAGGAAGGCAAAUGCAUCCGGACGGUCCUCAACGUCUCUCCAAAAUAAGACCACUUUGUUGCUUUUAAUGACCGCCAAAGUAAUAAAGAAACCCACCGCUUUACUUUUCAAAAUCUCUGCAUAAUACUCAUACAAAUAAUAUAAUACACCUCAUAGAUUUUUGCAAAUGACGCACACUAUAAAGGCCUGACCUUGAACACUCAGUACUGUUCAGGUGAAUACAAGCAGAUUGUGUUAAUCAUGUGAAGUGUUAAUUAAAAAAAACAAUGUUCUAAACAGA